AUGGCCCUUAUCCUCCUUGCCUUUCUGGGCAUUGUUGGCUUGGCAGAUGCCAGCGGCCACCAGAGCGGUUCUGGAGCUCUUGUGGUUGACAGCUUCCUGAAGCCAGUGGAAUACAGGCACACCUUGCGAGUCUGCAAUGCGUACGCGGGCGAUGAGAGCUUUUCGGUGGAGAUCGGUGGCAUCAACUCCAUGAUGGGUGCUCCUAUCAAAUACAAGGAGUGCCAGCAGCUGAACCUGGUGAAGCCUCUUGCGCGAGGAGAUCGUCUUGAUUUCCGAACAGAGAAGCUGCCAAUCGCCACCUUCGCCAUCGACUCCCUGCCAAGGUAUGAUGCCGUCAUGUAUGUGGUGAUCCACCGCUCAAACUCCGAGUUGGAUCCGGUGUCUUUCCAGUCGCACAUGUUCGCUGCAUCGAAGGAUGCCCAGGUGGCGGUGCUAGACACCUAUGCCGGCGACGCUAAGGCCGCCCUGCUCUUGGCAAACUCCACAGGCCACUGGGAAGGCACCAUCCUUCCGUUCGGUACGGCUUUUGGCGUGCCCCAGGGCAGCUACCAGAUCAUCCUGAGCGACGGCAGUGCGGACUCCAAAAUCCGAGUGCGCCUUACGGCGGCAAGAGGCGAAAGCUACCUCGUCCUCCGCACAGGCCGAGGCAAGGUUGGAAAUUCCACCAGCACCGAAUAUCCGCAAGAUCUCUUGGUCUAUCCGACCACUGAAGACGAUGUCCUGGAUCAGAAGAGUGGCACCCGCUGCAACUUUGCCAGCUUCGUGGUGCCGGCACUGGCGAUAUUAAGUUUCCUCUUCUAG